AUGAUAAUUUCAGUAAAAAUUACAGACAGUCAAAUAAAGGAAAAAGAUACAGUGAUUAUUUAUUCACAAGUAUUGCAAAAUCGAGUACAAUGUGGUAAUGUAGUAACUACAGUAAGGAAUCGGCAAGUGUUAACGAAAAUUGUCAAUCAAACCGAGAAUUCUAUUGAGUUACAGCCAGUAGAUUUGGGUAGUUUAUUGUACGAGAAAUUUGAAGAGACAAAAAUACAAGUGUGUACUAAAUUUACAGAAGGUCCAGAUAGUGAAAAUCGGGUACAAUUAUUGGAGAAGUCGUUAAGACUGCAGCAUCUCAACAAAGAGGAAUACCAGUCAUUGAAAAAUAUAUUUAUUGAAUUUUCCGAUGUUUUUAUUAGAAGGUGA